AUGAGAUCAUUUAUACAAAUAUCAUUGUUAUUGGCAUUGUUGGUAACAGUUGCCUUGUCAACAUCAAGAUACGUUCCAAAGCAUGCCAAGCCAGUGGAUGCAUCCUUGGAGGAUAUAAACUACCCUGUACCAGCGCCAAAGGAACAAUCCAAUGCCAAUUCAGAGACCGAGGCCCAAACAAAGAUCAAUACACAAGGAACUUAUACACAGACCGAAACAUACAACGAUGGCAAUGAAGUCGUUACAAAGACCACCUACUGUUUGAAUGGAGAGUGUGUCGAGAAGACCUCCCGAGGCAAGGCCGGCAGCCACUCCUACUCCUACUCAUCGUCAAAGACCGUCAACAAUGUCCAAGUGACCUACUCCAAUAUCAACGGAGAGGAGACACUGAGGGUCAGUGGCGUGGACCUGUCCCUGAUCACCAAUGAGAUCAAACAGAGACUCAUCAAAGAGUUCCGUAACGAGUUGAACAUUCCUGCAGACCAAUGA